ACUGGGGCCGCGAUCGGGAUCAGACCGAGACCAGGACCGGAGUCAGGAUCAGACUGGGACCGAAGUCGGGAUCGAACCAGACGCGGGGCCAGGACCGGAGUGUCGCUGCCCCGUUCCAGGGGUGGCGUUCCCGUGCUGUGCCCCCAGCCCCGAGCAGCAGCUGCCCCGGCACUCUGCCCGCUGUGCGAGUAGCGGGACCGGGGGCUCUCAGAGGGGCUCCCGUCCGAGCAGCUCCUGCCGACCGGGAGCACCGGGACCGGGAGAGGGGCGCUCACAGCCCGCGGCCACAGGAGACCCUGCAGGCAGACCCUGCCCGACGCCGCGGGGAUUUCCCAGGCCAGGCCCACGGGAGCCGGGGCCAGAAAUCCCCUUCUCUCCGCAGCCGCCCCCUUUGCCCUCGAGAUUCCCCAGGGACCCUUCGUGCUCCCGGUGCCAUAAGUGACCGGGGCACCGAGGUGACCGGGGCACCGAGGAGCCACCGUUCGCUGCCCAGCCACCGCAAUGCCAAGGGAAGUGCCGGGAACGUCUCCGGAGCGGGCAGGGAUCCUGGAAGUUCCCUGGGGGUGGCUGGGAACCACUUUGGGGAACUGAGACGAAGGUACAGCGACGGCAACGCACUGCUGCCCCUUCCCCUUUCAGCGCUGACGUAUUUGUGGGACACUCCGCACAGGCCAGGGCUCUUGGCGGCCCUGGGGGGCUCUCCAGGGCUGCAGCCAGAGGGGCUCUCCUUGACCACAGUCGGGGGUGCCCUCCAGGGCGACAGCUCAGGGGCUCUGAAAGGCUAAAUAAGAAAAAAACCCCAAAAAACCCUCUCUGAGCUGCUGUUGGAAAGAAGAAGUGAAAGCUGGAGC